AUGGCGAUGGUUUCAGGAAGACGUUCUACUCUAAACCCCGACGCACCCCUUUUUGUUCCGGCAGCUGUUCGACAAGUGGAAGACUUUUCCCCUGAGUGGUGGCAGUUGGUGACAACCUCGACUUGGUACCAUGAUUACUGGAUCAGCCAGCACCAAGGCCCCGACGGUUUCUACGACAACGGGGAGAACGACAACAACCGUAGCGGCGAGGUCGAUGUAGCUGAUCUUCUUCCCGAGUCAUUCGACUUCGACGACAUGGAAGAUUUCUUCGACGCUGAUGCUUCCGAGUUUGAUCAUGGAUACGGCGGACAAAUCUACCACGCACCUUCCGACUUUGGGUUAGGGAAGAAUGGUGAGAUGGUGAGGAAGUCGAGUGGAAACAGGAGCCCUAAAUCAGUUGCAGAACCGGCUAAGUAUGCAGAAAAGCCGGCUAAAUGGGGAAACCAGAGGGUUGCUCCCAGAAACAUCCACCAGCCUCGCUGA